AUGACUCUCGAGUACGAAAUCAUCAUCAUUGGUGGCGGUCCCGCGGGACUAAGCGCCGCUUCGUCAAUAGUACGUCAAGGCCACAAAACCAUCCUAUUCGACUCAGGCGUGUAUCGCAACUCCCCAAGCAAACACCUGCACGCGGUACCCGGGUGGGACUAUCGCGACCCCGAAGAUUUUCGCGGCGCAGCCAGGAAGGACCUAGCGCGGUACGGCACAGUCGAAGUGGAGAACCUAGAGAUCCAGCGUCUCAGACAGCGAGAUGACGGGUUAUUUGAAGCGACCAGCAGCGACGGGGAACGAACGUGGGUUGGGCAGAAAGUCAUUUUAGCGACCGGUGUGGAGGACGUGCUCCUCGAUAUCCCGGGGUAUGCUGAGUGCUGGGUUUCGGGGAUAUUUCAUUGUCUGUACUGUCAUGGAUGGGAGGAGAAAGGCGUAGCUUCGGCGGGAAUAUUGGCUGAAGGUGAUAUUGGGAGAACGGUGCCUGCUUUACAUUUCGCUCGUCAGGCAUUGCGGAUGUCGGCGCACGUAACCCUAUACACGAACGGUAACGAGACACUCACCAAGAAUCUGACGGAUGCCCUUGCAAUAGCCCCGGCUCCGAUGAAAGUUGACUCAAGGAAGAUAAUAGGCUUUACCAAAGCUCCGGAACGCUCUCGCGUCAUUGUGCGGUUUGAGGAUGGCACCAGUACGACGGAAGGAUUCCUAGCCCAUAAGCCGAGAACGAGAUUGAGGGGGACCUUAGCUCAGCAAUUGGGGCUAGAGAUGACGGUGAUGAAAACUAUUAAAGUCAGCCAGCCAUUCAAUCAGACGAGUCUUGCAGGUGUCUUUGCGGCAGGAGAUUGCGCUGCACCCAUGCAGACUAUUACUGCUGCUCUUCACUCGGGGACAUGUACAGGAGGCGGUGCACCGUUACAAAUACAGGCCGAGACCUUCAAACAGCGCGCAAUAUUCUAA